UGGCGGUUUAUGUAAUUUCGUAUCACCUUUCAGUAGCUUUCAGUACACUUCAAUACAGUAACUUUCAGUGCAAUGGCUUCUAACGAGGAAGUGAUUCUGAACGCGCCUCAUCAACCUCACCCAAACUCACUGGAGGCAUUUGGUCACGUCCUUCAGGAUAUCAAGCAUGCUAUCAUACACUCUCGACGAGAUUGGGACAAACACGAACCCAAGAUGUGGUCCAGGGCUUCAGGAAUCUCUGACCAAGAAUUAGUAGACUUUACUCUCGAGAAAGAUCUCGUUGUUGUACGUAGCGCACCUGUCUCAUAUGGGACUAUCAUUCUUGGAAAAAUAAGGAUUCCUGCUAUCAACGAUGACGAAGGCGAAGGAUUUAUUCAUGUUAGGAUCCACGACCCGCCUAAUAGGGGUACCGAGGAUGUCAAGUUCCAUUCUAUCUUUACGGAUGAAGGGAACAAGAAUGCGGAUGGUCAAGCAACUACGUGGCGUGCUGUACAGACCAAGGAUACCCCUUUGGAAUUCUUCAAUGAGUAGGAGAUUGUGUACUUCAACGCUUCACAGCUAGUGGAAGCAUCAAUCUGUAACACAUAUAUGUAUAGUGACUGUGCAAUUUACAGGCGGGACUUUGAGAAGGAACUAGUACCGGCACGUAGCCACAUUAUCGUUG